AUGUCAAACGGAAGCGCAUCGUUCAUUGAUACGGCGAUACACGGCAAACUGGAACCACCGAGAUCGCUGCACGGCGUCGAGGAUGCCGAGAUCAUUUGGGACACGAUCACACGGCGAUUUCCGAACGCGGCGCCGCUUCUCUGCGAAAUGGAGACGGUGAUCGAACGGGCGGAGGAUCUGCUGCAGCAGCUCAAGACGCCUUGCACUCAAGAAAACGACACGUCUAGCUCAUUCCAUACUCCGUAUUCCCGGGAAUCUAACGCGACGAUUUCGAUGGUAUCUGAUAUAGAAUCGUUCGCUGAAGAAACAAAUGUUUCGGAGCGUCCCGAAGCCACCGAGAAUAUUGAAACGCAAUUUAUGCAUGAUAUUCACGAGGAUAUUCAAGUGGAUUUAGAGUUUCAACAACAUAGUGAACAAUCUAUUCGACGCGAGAAGGAAGACCCCGGUCAAGAAUAUCAUUUGAAUUCACCUCCCAGACUCGAUGAAGUCGUUCAACAUUUCAAAACAAGUUCGACAUAUAAAUAUCGCAAUUCCCAAGGGGAAUCAGACAAGGCGAAUGUAGAAGAUAGUCGUGAUAAAAGAAUCGACGCUAGUUCCGAAGAAAGGUUGACAAAAAUAAUAGCAGAACAAAAUAGUUUAGAAGGAUGGACAAAAGUGGCCGAUGACGCACUACGAGACUGGCACGACUAUACAGAAAAUGUCGACAUGUCUAGUACUUUGGAUAAUGUGCCAGCAAUGUCUUGUGCCGAAACCCAAGAUCUGGCCAAAAACGAAUUGGCGGCAAAAAUAUUGUGGAUGGUAGCCGAGCGUCAGAUGGAUGGCUUAAAACUUUCAUCGUCUAUCUGCGGAUUAUCGGAUUUCUCCAGAGAGGAGAUGUUAGAGAUAAUGGCUUUUAAUAAAGGCGAGUUGAAAAACGCGUCGCAAAAGCUCUACAAAUUUUGCCUCGAGAAAGGAGAAUCUAUUCCAGAGUACUGUAUUCGUAACUUGAGAACAAAUCAAGGGUUUAUGUAUACAGCACAAUGCGUAGCUUUAGGUCAUGUUGGAGUUGGACAAGGCCUGAGAAAAGAUAGUGCUAAGGUAGCAGCUGCCGAAAAUUUAUAUCAAAAAUAUAUUCAUGAAGCGAAGCAACAAACAAACGUAGGGCGCCGUUUUACGUCGUCCGGCCGUGAGUGUUUCCCGUCCGAAAAUUGUCGCAUCGUCGUAAACCUAAUGUCAGGCAUAGCGAUCGCUAGGCUCGCUGAGGAGCGAAAGGCAUGGAGGAAGGAUCAUCCAUUCGGCUUUGUAGCUAGACCAACCAAGAAUCCAGAUGGUUCCCUUAACUUAAUGAGUUGGGAAUGUGCAAUACCAGGGAAAAAAUCUACUCCUUGGGAGGGUGGGUUAUAUAAGCUACGUAUGAUUUUCAAAGAUGACUAUCCAUCAAGUCCGCCAAAAUGUAAAUUUGAGCCUCCAUUGUUUCAUCCAAAUGUUUAUCCAUCUGGUACUGUCUGCUUGUCGCUAUUGGAUGAAGAGAAAGACUGGCGACCAGCUAUUACAAUCAAGCAGAUUCUCCUUGGUAUUCAAGAUUUGUUGAAUGAACCAAAUGUGAAAGAUCCAGCCCAAGCCGAAGCAUAUACAAUAUAUUGCCAAAAUCGUCUGGAAUAUGAGAAGCGUGUAAAAGCUCAAGCCAGAGCAAUGGCUCCACAAGAAUAAACACAAGAAAAUCAAAUCGAAAUUUGAUAUAUGUGGGAAAGAUAUUCUAUGUGGAACUCUCUUUUGAGCUGAUCCAUCGCUCUUAUACAAUUAACCUUUUUUACAAGUAAAAUUAACAUAUGUUGUAACUAGUUAACUAGCUUAUAAUAUUAAAGUUCAUUUAUCACAUGUUGGCUUCAUUCAUCAUAUGUUUCUCAAAAUUUUAAAGUAGAACACAUUGUACUAACAAAAAUCGCAUAUGAAUUCUUUCACACAUGAAUAUCUUUUAUUAAUAUUAAGAAGUAUGUUGUGAACAUGUACUUUAAGGCAGAAUUAUUUUUUGAUCCAAACUUUAAUUUCUAAGUCUUAUAAAUGAUUACUGAUGUUAUUUUUAAAGCAGAGAAACAAGUGUGGGUGACAUUUAAAAUAGAGGCAAUUGUUGAGUGUCUAUUGCUACGGACUCUAUUCCUUAUAUAGGCAGUAUAUGGCAGUAUGUAUGUAGGUAGGAUUAUUUAAGAAUCUACUAAUGUACAAAUUUCAGAAAAAAAAUAAAAGAAUCUGAUUCGUCGA